AUGGCACAGGUGGGGCACCGGGUGGAUUACCUGGCGGGCUUCUGUUGCCCGGUGGGGGGGCUGGCGGCUGGCAAGCCCCGCGUGCUGUGCCAUGAGAACCAGAUUUACCUCUCCAACGGCACCGAGUUCGUCUACGUUUACGACCAAGAGGGGAGGUUGAUGAAGGUAAGCGGGGGCCUUUGAUUCUGCUGACCCAGAUUGGUCCCUUUUGCUACAGGGGGUGGGGUGGGGGACACGCGCGGAGAAACUGGGUCAGAUGCUGUGAGGCAGGCAGAACAUCCCCCCCCCCCCUUGAUGCAAACUCUUUGAAACGCUAAUGGCAGGUGCACAGGAUGUCACACAUCUGCAGGCUGCACGAAUUUAUCUGGAAUUGCUUUCUCGCCUUGCUUCUAAUUGCUAACCACGUCUAAAAUUGCCCCAUCGGAGUGCAGGAAAAAAACCCACCGUUUUAGGCACCCAGAUUUUGUGUGCCACGUAACGUUUUGGGGAAUGUGAGAGGCCAGUUCGCCAGCAAAGUAAAAGCUUGAUCUACCGUCUUGGUAGUUCAGUUUCUGUGUGGUCCUUUUUUUUGUUCAUCGCCCCUUAGAAGGUGGCAACAGCUGCUGGCUGCUUCUAUGCAUGGGCAGAAGAUAUAGCUGUGUGUUUUGUGUGUCUGCACCGAUCCACCCUUUGGUGACUUCACAGCAAACCCAAGUAUUGCAUUUUAAGCAUACACCCCAGAGGGUGGGGAAGGUAUCGCUGUAUGCACGGUUAUGUUUUAAUGGAACAUUUCUAUUCCCCCCUCCCCGCUGCCCCCAUUGUGCUCAGAGGAAGACGACUAUGGCUGUAUUGUGGCAGAGCAAUUGGCAUUUUUCUAGGAGAUCUGGUUGAGAGACGGUUGAGAACCAAAGCCCUGGACUUGCACGAACUUUGCUGUGUGCACCAGGGAUGUGGAACCUGUAGCCCUCCAGGUGUUGGAUCGACCACAGCUCGCAUCAUUCCUAAUAGCUGUGCUGGUUGGCGCUGAUGGGAACUGAGAAUCCCAACAACCUCUCAAGGGUUACAGGUUCACUAUGCCUGGUAUGAAGAGAGUUUACACAUAUGUAUUCAUGUGCUCAUGGAAGAGAACAGAGUGCCAGGCUCUGUACAUCUGUUCAGCCACUGAAUUGUAGCCAGUACCUUUUCUGGGACCAAAUCUAGGUUUGCUUUGCAAGCUUCCAAGCAGAUGUGCAUAGGCGUUUAGAGCAAGAAGCAGAGUGAAAUGGAUUCUGUGUGGCUACACAUCCAGAUUUGGUGUGCCUUGUCACCUGCUUGCCUCGGCAACUGUAGCAUGAGACAGAGCAUCCUAGUUCCUCCCCUCCCCGUCCCUUUAUUUCUGUGAUGAGAUUACAUAAUAAUUUGGGCAUUGGUUCUUCAGAGGAUCUUGUAUAUUACCUGUUGGAUGCCUCAUCUCAGCAUAACCACCUGUGGCUUUUGGAUGUUUGUCUCAUGUGCAAUUGACAGGCAAGGCUCCCUGAUGUGCCAACCUGAGCUUAAGCAUCUAAAUCCUCAAUUAGGUCUUCUGCUGACUUUCCAAUUCACUCUCUCACUCUUAGCAGCCUUUUUUUGCAGCAGGUCGGUUGUCUGUACUACAUAAUCAACUUACAUAUGGCAUCCAAUUUUUGACAUCUGCCUGUGGUGGUCUGGGUUUGUUUUUGUGUGUGUCAUCUGUCAGAUAGAAAUCUGCCUCUACCCUCUGGGGGUAGUUCUGUUAAACCAAAGUUUAGAACUGUAAAAUAUGGGGUGUUCUUUGUUCUGUUCAUUUGCACUGUCUAUCGUCCCUGUUGAUGAGCGACUGAAGUCUUUUUGUAGGGAUUCUAUCAUUUCCCCCUGUUACUGCCUGUUGGGCCCAUGACAAGCCUUAGCACAAUGCUAAAUGUAUCCCUUUAAUUUAUUCCCUUGAUUGUUUCUAAGGAGCCCGUGAUUAUGGUAAUAUCUGGCUCAGCCUCCCACACUAUUCUCUUGCACGGAGAAGUAGGUCACAAACGGGUUAACACUUCUUCCUUUUAAUGCUGCUGAUUCCCCAGAUCACAUGUGAUGCUGGAACAUCUAGCGUUUGCCAGAUUUCUCAUCCUUAAGAAGGUGCUCACUUUGCAAUCCUCCGAAUUGCUGUUGCAGCUUUUACUGCAGACAGACACGUGGGGCUACUGCCUGCUGCUUCGCUCCUGAAAUGGAGGCCCAUCUUGCAUGAAAUAUGUCACUUGUUCAUCAGCAGAGCGCAGCAGCAAUGGCAACUGCUAGCAGCUUAAAAUGAGGAAUUACAUAUAGACUGCUAGAUAAUAUAAACUCCGCUUAUUGCAAUGGAUGCUCCUCAGAGAAAAUGGCAGGAGUUGUACAUCCUCGGCAGAGAGAGGAAAAAUAAGAUCCUGCUGAUUUAUGUGAGGGAAGGCUAUGUUAAAUCAAAGUGUGUGCAGACAUAACGGCUUCGGAUGACACACCACUGGGUAUACGGAAUGGUACCCAGAGGAUGUUGUGUCUGGCCAGACUCGGGAUAGGAUACAGGAGGUAAUAGAUGCUCCUGGGAAACUUGCUUCUUUUUCAUGUGGCUACAGCAUUUUGAGGAGAAAUUCCCACGGUACCCUUGGGGUGGAAUCCAGCGUUGCACUGUUACAAACGUUCUGCCUGCUCAAGAAUUGCAGCCUGCCAGAUGGAAAGAUGAUUUUGGGGCAUGUGGGAGCAGCGGGGUGGGGAGGCCUCUUGCACAAGGCUUCAACUGAUGAGGUGUGUUAGGUGAACCCCACCCCUUGUGUUAUUACAAUGGGGAAGCUCUGGGAUAGCUCAGUCAGUAGAGAGCACGAGACUCUUAACCUCAGGGUUGUGGGUUCGAAUCCCACGUUGGGCAAAAGAUUCCUGCAUUGCAAGGUGGUUGGACUAGAUGGCCCCUUACGAUUCUGUGAUUCUAUUGAUUAUUUUCAAAUGAACUGUGUGGCACCUUUGAAAGCAGACAGGUGCUGACUUUGUACUGGCUUUGCACCCACACCUUUGACCGCAGAGCAACGUGGAUGAAUUAAAGUGAAGCUUCUUCCAUUGUGUCUUCAUGACGGGCAAAAGCUCCACUUCCUAAUUUUCACCAUGCCAGGCUGCUGCUAAUAACGCAGGAGAUUGCCAAUCUUUUAUUUUUCUCUUAGUGGCCAAUCUUAUGUGUUAGGCUUUAGCAGUCAUGAAGAAGCAAGACUGGUGUUCUGCCAUUUUGGCUUCUUUGGAGUGAAGAAGGUUUAUAUUAGGUCACUUUAGACCAGUGUUUCCCAUACUUGGGUCUCCAUGGACAUCCUUAGCCAGCAGGACCAGUGGUUAGGGAUGAUGGGAAUUGUAGUUCAAAAACAGCUGGGGACCCAAGUUUGGGAAGCACUGCUUUAGAUGAUCAACAGCCUGCUCUGGGUGUGUGUCCAUAGACCUGGCCUUCCUGCGGGGUCAAAAUGUGUCUCAACCAGGGGAUGGGGUUAGAGAGGUGGCUCCCAGUGCCCUCCUUCCCUUGUAGGAUUACUGAAGACCUUCUAAGACCUUCUCCUUUCCCUUUCCUUGGCUUGUUUCCUUCCUAGGCUGUCUACAGGUUCCCCGAUCAAGUUUGGCACGUGGAGCUUCUGCCUCUCCACCAGCAGCUCUAUAUCCUGUGCGCUGGAGUUGGUAUUUACUGUGUUUCCUUGGACUACCAAAGCAGGUGAGAGACAGGGCGAGGGCGUUACCUGGCAGGUGUUUCAUACCUGUUCCUGAGGGCUCCAGGUUCUUCCACAAGGCUGGAUUAGUGGUAUGGCUGGAAGGCCUGGACUAUCAAGGAAUGGCUCCUACUCUAUGCUUACUGUUCUCACAUCCUUGGAAACGGAGAUUUCUUAGGAAUUAAUGAUCAAGUUGCCACCAAUGUUGGCGACCAGACUAUCUUCUUCCUUACCAGGCUUAGAACUUUUUCAGUGACAUGAUCCAAACAGACCCACUCAUUUGUCAUGUUUAUAUUGCAGUCCUGUACCCACUUACCUGUGGGUAAGUCCCAGUGGGCUCAGUUGGGCUUGAAUACUUAGUUGAGUAUUCACAUACAGAAUUGUGUGUUUUUACACUUCUCCCUGUGGCCCUUUCACGGUUACCGACUGUCAUUUUGUAGUUUCUUCAUUCUGCUUUUUAAGAUAAAGCGGUAGAGCAUCUGAUUUGCAUGCAGAAGGUCUCGGGUUCAGGUAGGGCUGGAAGAGGUGUCCUAUAUGAAAAGCUGGAAAGCCACUGCCAGCCAGUGUAGCAAUUAUUAUUAUUAUUAUUAUUAUUAUUAUUAUUAUGCCCUUUAUCGAAAGAUCUCAGGGCACUGUACAACGUUAAACACAUGUUUUAUGGUGCAUAAUAAUAACAACAUAACAUAAAGCAUAAUAAUAGAAUAGCUCAGUUGGUUUGAGUGUAGUUCUGAUAAUGCCAAUGUCGCAGGUUCAAUCCCCGUAUGGGUCAGCUGAAUAUUCCUGCGUUGCAGGGGGUUGGGUUGGAUGAUCCUCAGGGUCCCUUCCAGCUCUACGGUUUAAUAAUAAGGAAGAACAAGCACAGCUUGAUAAUAAAAUAAUCAUUAUUAUUAUUAUUACUGAGCUAGAUGGACCAAUUGCUCUGACUCUGUAUCUGCAGUUUUCAGGCAGAGAAUUGGCCCACACAGCAGCAACCUCAGUCAGUAUUAUUUUUUAAUGGUAAUAGCAGCCAGAAAGAGGGGUGAUAAUGUUUGUGUUUGCAGCACUAGGGAAGCUAGUCUUUAGCAUUCUCCACUCCCUCUGUACCUUUUUGCCUAGUUAAAAUUGCCACCUCUCCAUUUUGCCACAUGGUACAGUUUCUAAAUGAGAAAAUGGUGAGGGGUGGGUAUUAAACCCCUCCCUCCCCAAUGCUGCAGCCCCAGUCUGAAUCCCUUUGAGUUGUAGCCAAUGAAAUCAUUGCAUGUGCAGGACAUCUUUCCUGAGCAGAAUUUCCCCUCUUGGCAUCUCCCCUCCAGGCCCCCCUCCCCAAUAAGACUCGGGGGGGGACGGUCCUCCAACCCUCCGGAGCCAAUUUGGGCAGCGGCAAGGAGAGGAAGAGGGAGUCCUGUUCCACUUGCAGAAGUUGUUCCUCGCAUGCAGUGAUUCAGUUGGGCGCCACACACUCCUUUGGGGCAGCCACUGUCCUAUUUGUGGUUCUCCUGCUUUGCAUCUGAGGUGCCUCUUUGCCUUCUUGUGCCUCUCUGCCACAGCUCCCCAUCUUCCCAAGCUGUUUUGUGAGUCUUCAGGGCAGCAAAAGGGUUAAGUGGCGGCAGGGGGUUUGCUCUCCCUCCAGAGCAGUAGCUUCCCUCUCCUUUACCCAGCUGGCUGCUCCCGAAUUCAGCUCUGUGAAUCACUGCCACCUCCACCUUUGUUUCUGAGCUAUACCCUUUGGCUCCGCUGAGAGCUUUCCCUUGUUUGCUUUGAAGGUUAGCAAAGCGGGCAGACAGCGAGGAAAAUGAGUGCUUCUCCAGCGUCCUCCCCAUGGGCUCCGACACCUGCACCUUCCCCGACGCCACGCUUUGCACCUUCACGCUGCUCAACGACGUCCUGGUCACCCUCUCGCAAGUCCAGGGGAAGUGGUGCAUGAACCUACACAACCUCCCGGGCCCUGAGGACCGGGGGAACUUGCCACGCCAACCGAUAAGCCAUGUGGAUAUCACCACCAGCACCAACAACGACGGGGACCUGUCUCUGGCGCACUUCCUCCCCGUCCUGUGUUGCGCCUCAUCCCCCAGCGCCACCGACCACAAGGAAGGCCUGCGCCACUCGGGGGGCUUUGUGCUGGAAGAGCCUCUCUUCAGCCUCCUCUUUGGCGUUGAUGCCGCCAUGUUGGAUUCUCCCAUGAUCCUCUGCGGCUUCCCAGAUGGGCAGCUCUGCUCCGUGCCCUUGAAGGCCCUGAGCUCUCCCGACAACCGCAGUUGCGAAGAUUCGCCCGUCAAGAUCCUCCACCACUUAGAGGAGCCGGUUGUCUUCAUCGGGGCCCUGAGGACAGAGCGGAGGUCCCCAGAGGCAGAGGAGCUGCCUGCCUACGGAGAUUUGGGCUGCGACUGUGUCGUGGCGCUGGGUCACUAUGGCAAAAUGGUGGCCAUCAAGGCGGCUCAGGGAGAGGAAGUCAAGGUCCCGGAGCUCCGCGAGUAUUGCCUGCAGGGGCCCGUCCUGUGUGCAGCGUGUAGCGGGGGAAGCCGCAUGUACUACAGCACCCAUUCCGACAUCUAUGCCGUCGACUUGGACAGCAACAUCCCGGAGGCCGAGAAAGUGGAGGACGCGGCAGGGACCCUUCCAUCCGCUCUGUCUCCCGCCAGCUUAAGCAUCUGCAGUGUGGUGGCGCUCUCCUUGUCUUCCCGGGAGUCGGAAGGUACUGCAACGUGUCAGGGAAUUACUCUGUGGGCUUAAAGUAUCAGAAGUAACUUGGGCAUGGGGCCAUUGUGGGCAUGCAGCCCUCAAAAUGGCUGCUUGUAAAUGGCGAGAGGAAGGCGGAUGAGUUGUGAGGAAGUGGUGGCCAGGAUGCACCUUAGCUGGGGCCUGGCUGUUGUCCCUCCCACUCCUUACAUCAGGCCUGCACUACUCUGCGACACCAUUGGCUGUCUGUCAUGUGGCUGUCUGUCAUGUGGGCAGGAUUUGUUCCACAAACAGGCCAGAGAACCAAUGGGGAUGGGAUUUGGUUCCACAAACAGGCCAGAGAACCAAUGGGGAUAGGAUUUUGUUCCACAAACAGGUCAGAGAGCCCAAUGGGGAUGGGAUUUGGUUCCACAAACAGGCCAGACUAUUUUAAAUCUGUCCUUAUGCUGGCAGACAAGUCUCUUGGGCCAGAUGUGGCCCUGAGAGAGCCACUCGCAGCCCUUUCAGUUGCCAAUACAGAACUAGGAAAGGGGCUGGGCAAAGGAAGACAGUCUUUCGGCUCUGGGUGCAAGCUUGGGGCCUUGCUGUGCCCACCUUCCCGUUCCUUUUCCCAAGUGCUCCCCACCCCUCUCCUCAACAACGUUAGCUGCUGCUCAGGGCUCUGGAGACUCUUGCCCCUGCCCACAGUUCCUGUCAGCAAGCUCCUUCAGCCCCCACCACACUCUGAGCCUUAGCAUGCUGUGGGUGAGCUACAGCCAGCAUGGUCCCCGGGCUGCAGGCUUUGGCCAAAGGUGGGGCCUUUGCCGAUGAAGCAACCUGUGGCCCCCUGAGAGCGAGUGUGGGGCCGUAUCUUCAGGGUCUGCCCCAAAGUUCUCCCUUGCUACCAUCCCUCCUUAGGGCCCCCAUUUCCCUGUGAGCCAUUCAUGCCAAGCCCCCCAAGUUGGGCCUAGCCAGUCAAGGAGUGGGGAGUUCUCUUGUUCUGAGGAGAAAAUGGAAACAUUUGCCUGCCUGCCUGCAUGUCUCCAGCCUCAUCCCAAGGCCUGCUUUCUUCUCUAGAGAGAGAGAGAGAGACGAAGGCCUCCGGCAGAAGCUGUGCCCACCCUGCGCUGGCUCCAGGGUGCCACGGUUCUCUCUUUCUUCAGCAUCCUGCACAGAGGGGAGCUUAGGGCCAGCACAGAGCAACCCCAGGCACUAAGAGAAGCAGAAGGAAUUGAAUGGCAAUUCAGGAGCUCUGCCUCCUCUGGCAAAAUGGCUCUGUAACGCUGUAGCCAUUCAGAGUCUUGUUUUUUUUCUUUUUCUUGUGUGGAACAGCUGCAUUGUGCUUGCUCACCAUGCAAGAGGCAUUAAUAUCCUGUGUGCAGGAAGCAGCCUUCCCCUCGCCCUCGACGAGGAUCAAUAAAGGCUCAGCGGCUGCCAUUUGUCUCUUGCCUUCAGAGCAGAUCAGGAGUGGGGCCGCUUAGCCUGCCAGGAUGGGAUUAAGAAGAGUGGGGUGGGGCUCUUUGCACCCACUCUUCCCAUCAGGGGCAGCAUCAGGGAUGUUGCCCAGACUCAGAAUUACAGUGUUUACUUCAUUGUGAAUAUUUGGGUUUCUACAACGCAGGAAAUGUCUUUCAUGUACUGGGCUGUUGAACUGAGCAGGAAAGGAAGAUGGCGUUAGCUGAGAGGGCAGACAAAAUAGCAUUGACACAGGGCACGUGCGCUCAUGAGAACUAGGACCUUAGGUUUGUUGGUUUCUUAAUUGAAUCCUGAAGAUCUCAGGGAGGCAGAUUUUGCCCGUAGCCUUGUCCCAUGUCCUGUCCGGACACCACCCUGCCCGCAGGCCAGUUCUCUCAUCUCAAGAGCUUGCAAACGGGAGAUGGAAACAAAACUGAGGAACAACGCGGCCACACAGAACCAAGUGAAAAGAGGCCGGCUGGCCCCUGUGCUCAGCCGAGACAGGAUUCUGCAGGGAGCAUGUAUGUGUGAGUUUGCACGUCUUCUCCCAAGUGCUGCCGAACACUUCUUGGAAGCGGAUUCUUCGUGCCCUCACAGCCCACCCCCCUUCGGCUGCCUGUCACUUCGCUUCAGCAUCACUCCCGACAGCGAUCCUCUGUGGGGACCAAGCAGCGGGAAGCCGCUUGUGCCUGCCUGUGCCCCUGGAUAAGGGAGCGCAGUUUGCCUGGCAGCAAGGAGCUGUGCGCUUCCUUUGUAGCAAGGUGGCUGAUGCAUCCACAGCAAGGAUCCUUUCCCCCUUCCUUUGGCUCCCUUUCCUUUGCGCGGUCCCCAGGGCGGCUCUGCAUCUUUCUCACUCCCCCUAGGAGUGCUGUCUCCUGGUGCCAUCGCUUUCCACCCCCCCUCACCCCCCGUGCGAUUGGUUUCCUAGUGAGGGGCGUGGCUGCUUCUGAAUUUGCUUUGUUCCCACCGAUGCAGCCGUGGCGGCUUUCGAACCUUCAGCACAGGCUCAUAAGGUUCAUGGUCUUCCUCACCACACCUUGCAGCUGCUCCUGCGUGCAGAUAGGAAAUUGCAGCCUCAUGAUUAGCACUACAGUGUUUCUCAGACCUCCCCCCCCCACUUCUUUUUUAAUAUAUGGCUUCGGAAAGGAUUCUUGUCUGACUUACCUUUCUUCCCCUGAAGCCCCAGUACAGUGGUACCUCAGGUUAACUUAAUUCGUUCCGGAGGUCUGUUCUUAACCUGAAACUGUUCUUAACCUAAAGCACCACUUUAGCUAAUGGGGCCUCCCACUGCCGCCACACCGCCACCACACAAUUUCUGUUCUCAUCCUGAAGCAAAGUUCUUAACCUGAGGUACUAUUUCUGGGUUAGCGGAGUCUGUAACCUGAAGCGUCUGUAACCUGAAGUGUCUGUAACCUGAGGUACUACUGUACUGGAAUUCUAGACCAAGCAUGGGCAAGAAAGUCGAUGGGGGAUUAUUGAUGGAUCUCAGGAUGGCAAGGAUUCACGAGUCCCAACGGUUACAACAAAAUGAAACCCGCCCCCCCCCCCCCCCCAGAAAUAUACUGCUGAAAUAAAGAAAGCAGUAGGCAGAGCUGGGCGUAGGUUAUUGUCUGGAAGAAUUGCAAUCUCAGUUUAGGUCUGACACUCAAAACAAAAUGGUGGACUCAGGAUUCCUCACUCCAGCGGUGGAGAGCCUGUGGGUGCAGGGGCGGAGGAAGGGAGGCGGUGGGAGCAGUCCGCCUCGGGUGUCAUCACUGAGGGGGUGACAUUUGGCACGCCGCCCACCCAUGACUCCCAAGCCUAUCCCAAGUCAUUAGGGGAAGGGGCAGAGCUGUGCUGCUUUGCCGGCGGCAUUCCUCCCUUCCCCCUUCAUUUUGACAGCUCGGGAGAGGCUUGGGAGUCACAGGUGGGCGGUGUGCCAUGCCCCGCCCCCCCCACUCCUGGGCUGCUUCCUGGGGGGGGGGAGCCUCCCCCGAGCUGGCAAAAGGAAGAGGGAAGAGAGGAAGGCUGCUGGCAAAGUGGCGCGGUUCGCCCCCGCCCCUGCCCAGGAAGCAGCCCCCUGGGUCGCCCGCCCCGCCCCAUGGCCCCACCCCCGGGUGCACCGCUUUGGGUUCUGGAGCAGCUAGCUCCGCUUCUGUGUGGGUGUUGCCCUUGCACUGCAGCUCCCAUAAUCCCUUGCCAAUGGCCAUUCUGUUGGUUUUCACAAAAUUAUAAACAAACAAACAAACAAAAAUCUUAAUCUUAUUAAAAUUACACUUAUUAACAUUAUUAAGUGACUUCCUCGCUUCCCCUUGGUUGAAUUUCAAUGCAUAUCCUUUUAACGGUUUUCCAAAUCAUAAUUCUUAUAAACUUAACUUAAUCAUUUAACAUCCUUAUAUCUUUUCAAUUCGAAAUUAAACAUAAUAAUUCAUCACUUAACUUAUAUAAACUCCUAAGCCAAUCAAGUACCUGCAAGCUAUUUCCAAUUAAUUUAACUUGACAUAUUUAACUAAAUAAUCAUUAAAUUUUGUCCAUUCUUCCUGAUACUACUCCUCCUCCUUCCGGUUAGGUCGGCUAGGACCUGACCUGCCAAUGGCCAUUCUGGCUGGGGCUGAUGGGAGUCCGACAACAUCCCUGCUUUGAUCUGAAGUGUAUGACUUUUGCACCUGGCUCUCUGGUUGGUAGGUCUCAAGGUCCUGCUGAAAACCUUAAGAGGGGUUGAGGUCAGGCCCACAUCCUCCUGAAGCCGUUUUCUAGCCCCCCACCCUCCGCCCCAGUCUCCAUCUCUUGUGUGCCUUUCUUUCCUCAGGUGAGUCCGAGCUUCUGGCGUUAUCUGCCAAAGGCCGCCUCAUGACCUGCGGCUUGUGCAGCCCGGAUGAUACACAGCCUUUCAAGAUGAACCCUGACAAAGCUGGGCAGAGGAUCAAGGAGCUGCUGUCUGGGAUAGGCCAUGUCUCUGAAAGGUAGGAGCUGUCUGGUAUUUGCAUCUCUGCACCUCCCUCCCUUUUCUGUCUCUCAUGCACACAACAUAUUGCACACACCAGAUGUUUUGUGCUUUUUUUUCUUUCCCUUUUCUUAGUGCAUAUAGAGAAAAAUGCAAAACUUAGUAUCCAGUAAUCUUUUUUUCCUUUUUUUUGGUCCAAGCUAAGACUUUGAUCUAAAUACAAUAAAAACAUAAAGAGAGGCAGAGGGGGUUUUUUUUGGGGGGGGGGGAAAGAAAGGAAUAAAGAAAGAGAGGGAGAGAAAUAAAGAAAAAGAACUAGAAAAGAGGUUAAAAGAGAGAGACAAAUAAAAUUCAGAAGGUAAGGGACUUCCGAUUCUUUGUCCACUAUAUAUAAACAAUAUUCACUUCAUCCACCCCAAUAUAACACCCAAUGAAGUCAUUUUUUACAAACAAACGUUAUAUUCAACCCUCAAAUCCUAACGCCGUUAUUUCAUUUUCUUUUUCACGCAAAAAGUUUAUGAGAGGAUUCCAUCCUUUAACAGAUGCUAACAAUGACUUUUUUUCUGAUCAACCAUGUCAAUUUCGCCAUCUCAGCUAAGUCCGUUAGUUUUAGCAGCCGUUCUUCCAUUGUUGGAAAUAAUGAGUCCUUCCAUCUUUGUGCAUAUAAAAGUCUCGCAGCCGCAACACACUGGGUGUUUUCAUAUGAAUAUCUUGCAGUGCCAACGGGAUUGUCCUUCCUCAGAAAUUGGUAUGGGGAGGUCAGCUUUGGCAAUCUGAUGGCAACAUCCAAGGAUCAAAAGCUGACCACAGGUGCCUUGCAAACAGGUUGGCAAUUAUAGCUCUGUUUGGGCAUGCAGCCCAUCAUUUAAUUCUGUUGGCUGGGCUCCACCAUUGCCUGCAAUUGGGGACUAAAACAGAGAGUUUGCAGGCUCCUUGCAUGAUUUUGAACCUUGGGUGUGCUUGUACAGCAGGUAGCCUUUUUCGGACCUCACCCAUUUCCCCUGCCCCACCUGAAGAAAAGGCAUGGAAAGCAGCAGGUUUGGGCAAAAGGAGAGUGGCAGUUUUUGUCUUCUCCAGUGUUCUUGCACAGGAUUUCCUGUGCAUGUUUAUUUCUGGCAGGCGAGUGCCUUUGGCCCCCUGUUAAUUCCCCUUUCCUUUUGUGUGUGUAUCCACGCCGGCUCUUGGCCUUCCCUGUAAUCCGUUAGGACCUUCAGGCUCCAGUAGCAGCGCCGGCAUGACUGUGUUUCUCCCCCACCCCGGUCUCUGCAGAGUGUCAUCGCUGAAGAAGGUCGUGGACCAGAAGAACCGCGCUCUGACUUGCCUGAACCAGGUGAUGAACGUGAGCGCGGCUUUGCUGUCCGGCCAGAGCAACCAGAAGCCCAUCACUUGCACCAUCACCACUCACUGGAGCCACAUCCUGGUCCAGGACAGCUUGGCGGUCUCCUGCGUUUUGGAGAACGCCAGCGAGUGCACCCUGGAGCGCGGCUGGACCUUCUGCGUCCAGCUCUUCGCCAGCUCCUGCGACUUCGAAGAGGACUCGUCCGAUUCUGCCACCACCUACACCUUCCCCAUAGACCAGCUCCUCCCCGGGAACAAGACGGAGGUGACUCUCCCGCUGGGCCCCGCCGAGGGCUCCAAGCUGGAGCUGCCCUUCAUGGUCUCCUGCUCCCUCUACUACAGCCUGCGGGAGAUCCUGGGCACCGUCUCGGAGUCCACCGACCUGCUGGACGACCUGCUCUCCGACGACUCCACGGGCCUCUCCCCGGAUAGAGAGGGCAUCUGCCUGCCCCUGAAGGAAGUCACCAUUGACCUCCUGCAGUGCCUCCGCUUGGGCGCCACCAACGGCAGCAUCUCUGAAGCCUCCCCUCCUGCAGCUGCCCUCCCUCCGGACCCCCUUGACACCUUCCUGAAGCUGUCCCAGAUGCAGUCUGACCUCGAGAGCGUCGAAGGCGGCGGUGAGCUGGUCCCAAGAGCUCUUGGCCCUCUGGGAGAGGCGUACUUGGCUCCCUCCGUGGCCUCGAUCAAGGUGUCCUCUGAGCUACUGAGAACCACCUUGAAGGACUUCUGUGCAGGUGUGUGAUGCUUGGGGGUUACCGGUGACCUCUUUCCUUUCUCUCUGCCUCUCCCUGGUGAGGGUUUUGAGCGCCUGCUGAGCCCACCUGCAUUGGCGGUUCUUAAAUGCUUAUCCCCCCCCCCCCACACACACGCUGGAAGAGGUGGCUUGUUUUGUGUGCAGAGGAGGCUGUUUGCAGGAUGAGGAGCUUCCUUGUCAAUGGGCUGGUUUUAUCCCGUCCCUGGGCAGCAACGUGCGGCCAGCUGGCGUUUUAUUUCGUCGCAUCCCGUUUACAGCCCCGCUCGUCCUCCAAAAAGAGUUCAGAGCAACUCCCAUAUGCUUCCUCAGGGUGUCCUCACCCAGGUCUGGCAGCUUGCUUGGCCAGCCCCUGCUUUAGCCUCUCUUUUGGAAAAGGCAUUCAAUCUGCCUUUGGGCUGUUCUGUUUGCCAACUCACCCCUCCUGGCGCAGAUGAGAAUAAUGCAAGCUGCCCGACUUGGGCUUCUUCUCCGGCUCUGUCUCCAGGCCAAAGGCAAGCUGUGUAGAAACAGUUUUACUUAAACUCACAGUGGCAGCCUACCUCCAACAAACCUUGCAGAGAAAAUGCUGGGUUUGUGCUCAUCCCUUCGUUUCCAAGGAUGUUGUUGCAGGAGCCCGCUUGACCCUGGCUGGUUAAAAACAACCUCAGAAAACACCCAUCCUCUGGCUGUUAAUGAGUAGCAUGUGGCCAUGUUUAUUCCUUAGUUUGGAUGUUUUUCGUUACUUUGAAUUCCAGAGAAAUCAGUGCCACAGCAGUGAUGUUCUUGUGAAGGUAUCCCGGGGGCAUAUGUCCCUUGAGAAAGACUUUCCUAGGUUGAGUAUUCUGUGCUAAGCCUAGGACUGAUACUGGAAGAAGAUUAUUAUUCUGCUUGUCAGCUGUUGGCCUUGCAGGACCCCAAACAACUUUUCUAAGCACCUUUUCCUGCCUAAGUAUGCCCCGCAGAGGAUCUUAAGGUCCAUGAAAAACCAUAGUUUAGAGGUCCCGGGCCCUAAGGAAGUCAGACUAUCCUCCACCAGGGCCAGGGCCUUCUGGUGGAAUGCUGUGUCUCAUGAGACUAGGGCCCUGCAGGAUUUAACCUCUUUCCAUCGGGCCUGUAAGACAGAGCUAUGCCGCCUGGCUUUCAAUUUGAAUUUAGCAUGAUCUUUUAUUCCUCUCUCUUCCCUCCCCCUCCCCUUUUAUGAAGAUUACCCGCUCUGGGACCUCACAGCUAAUUCUCCCCUGGCCUCCUCGCUGGCCCAAAUAGGACUAAUUUAGCCAGCUAGCCCUGGUGACCACCUAAUGUUUAUUGGAUGGAUUUCCCCCCAAAUUGAUUUUUGAACUUUGAAUUUAUUGUUAUUCAUGCUUUUAUACUCUAUUUUAUGCUUUUUUUGGUUGUAUCACAAUUAAGUGUUUUAAAUUUGUUGUUAGUUGCCCUGAGCUCGGUUUUCUGAACCAGGAAGGGCGGGGUAUAAAUAACAAAAUUAUUAUUUAUUAUUAUUAUUAAGUAUGAAGGCAGCUAAUUUCAAGGCCAGGCAACUCUGCAGUGAAGAUUUUCAAUUGUUGGCAGAUGAUCCCUGCAGAAUCCUUUAUGGAACCAUAGUUAAAUCGAACCAGAGAAGCAAACUUGGGUCAUCCUCUCUUCUCUGAUUUAGUGCUGCAUACUGGGUGGCGCUGUGGGUUAAACCACAGAGCCUAGGACUUGCCGAUCAGAAGGUUGGCGGUUCGAAUCCCCGCAACGGAGUGAGCUCCUGUUGCUCGGUCCCUGCUCCUGCCAACCUAGCAGUUCAAAAGCACAUCAAAGUGCAAGUAGAUAAAUAGGUACCACUCCGGCGGGAAGGUAAAUGGCGUUUCCGUACACUGCUCUGGUUCGCCAGAAGCGGCUUAGUCAUGCUGGCCAUAUGACCCAGAAGCUGUACGCCGGCUUCCUCGGCCAAUAAAGGGAGAUGAGCGCCGCAAGCCCAGAGUCGUCCGCGACUGGACCUAAUGGUCAGGGGUCCCUUUACCUUUACUAGCACCCUAAAGCUUGAAAAUGAUUCCCAAAUUCUUCAGCAGGGUGGGGUAAACACUGCUGCCAAGCGAGAAGUUGCACCUGGACACAACUCCCCAUUUGAAAGAAAAGGGGGCUUUGAAGUAAAGAAAUGAUAACGCCAUUGGCACACGCUAGCAAAAAAAACCCAGGGUGGCCCUCCUCAUCUGUACUUCCCAGUCUGCAGAUCCUACUUCCAGCCAAGGCUGGCGUGCAAGGUUUGCCAAAACAAGCAAAAAUAUUUUCCCCCAAGGAGCAUCAAAUCCUGUAUUUACAGUUAAUUACGCUGGGUAUAAAUUUGCAUAAUUGUCCUCAUUGGGUUCGGUUGUUGUAGUAGUAAGAUUCGAAUGCCUUUGCCAAGAAUGAUGGCCGUGGUGGUGAGAUUAGGAUCUGGGGGUUCCCUUGAUCCAUCUGCUGGAACUGUGGAUCCAGCUCCCGCAAGCUAAGGUGGGGUGCCUUUUGAGCUGCUUCACCUGCAGCUAGGAGAGCAGCCUGGGACAGGCACAUGUGCUUUUGUGAAGCAUUAAAUUUGGGAUUGGGUCUUUUGUCUACAAACCAGGUGUGUGCCCUAGCCUUGGACCGUCUGCUGCAACUGGCCGCUCCUUUCACCCCACCAAGUUGGCAACCAGUAUCAAAUCACCCCUUUGCUUGGCUUGCAAAUAUUCUGCCCCCUGCCAUAUUGCACUGCGGGAUAAUCAGAAGAACCGGCGGGGCUAUGGGGUCUUUCGCGCUCCCUGUUAAUUUGCAUCGGGAACAGCCCUGCCUUGUGCCGCUGCGGCAAAUAAUCCCGGCCAGCAGCUUCCCAGGCGCUUCAGGUGGUUGGUGCAGGGUGGAAAUCGGGGAGAGGGGCAGUCGAUGGCGCCUGCGAGCCGCCCACAAUUCACACGUGCUUAAUGAUGGUGUCUGCUCUUCUUCUCCGUUGUCGCUGCUCAGAUGUCUCGCUCUGCUGCGCUGUGCUACGAUGGCUGCUGGCGGAGAACGCCGAGGCGGACGCCCUGCAGAGCCAGGAUGCAGCAGCCGUGCGGGGGCUGGCCCCAGAUGGAGGCGAAGUGCAGUUGAACAUCCGAGAGGCAAGGCAUGAGUCGUGGGCUGGGCCUAAGGGAGACGGGCGUAGGGUUAUCCUCCUGCGGGCACCUUGGCCAAGCCAGAACCUGGCGUGGUUUGGGUUAGAAUGUUGAAAAGUUCCUGACAGCAGCAGCCUCUGCCCUUGGGUCAAAGCUCUCAUCUUGCAUUCCCCCUUUCAGGUACCUGGAGUAGUGUCUCUGCUGGCCUCAUAAGAUCCCGGAGCCUGACCUUAGAUUAUAAGAAGCCUGAAUAUGGCAGAGGGAAAAGAGAUCUUGGGAAUACCUGGAUAGGAAGCUUGAAGCAAUUGAAUUACAGCUUUUUGCCAGGCUUUUCUGCACGCCUUGCAUGACGUGUGGGUUGAGGAGACCCAUAGCUCUGCACAGGCCUCAGUACAUCUGUAGACCUCUGCUUGUCCUGCCCACCCCACCCCCCUCUCUUGUCUCCAAGUUGGGAAAUUGCUGCUGUAUAUGCAGAAGAGAGGUGGAGCAACCCAGCCCAUGGCUGGAAUUUCUGCAUGCUCACUGCAGUAACUGAAUCACAGUGGCUAGGUUGGGCUGAAAGCAUCCUUUUCUGAGUACUAUAGCACUAGGUGUAAGGGAGAAUUCCCUAUAGCAAGUUGUGUCUGUAUGUGUCAGGCAGGCAGGCAACCUGUUAAACAAGAGCAGUGGAAACUGCUGGGGCAAAUGCCCUGGUUUCUGACCCCUGUCAUUUUUUUCUCAGUUGCUUCACUCACAAAGUAAAGUCUUGCAAGUUUAACCUUGGAAAGACGGGUGGGUUUCUGGCAUACGAGAAUCGGUGGCUCUCCAAAUGUCGCUGAAGUCCCAAGUCCCACCAGUGCCAGCCCCCAUAUCCCACAGUCAGGGAUGAUAGGAGUUGCAGCUCAACACCACGUGGAAGGCCACAGACUCCCCACCUCUCCUCUAGCUUACCCAAAGGCAGAUUCCACAAAGUCAUGCUGUGUGCAACAGCCUUCUAUCUAGUCCAGGGAUGGGGUACCUUUUGCAGCCCUUUUGGGCAGACCUUCCAGGGCCUGCAUGCCAGGGGCUAGAGGCAAACAUGGACAGGGCAGAAAAUGUGAGUCCCACCUUUGUAGAGUAGGCUACAUUACACACACUCUCUCCCUUUCUCUUUUCCAUUCAGGCUAGCAAGACACAUCACAGUUCAAGGACUAAUUCUAACCAGGCUGGAGUGCUUAUUAAUAAGGGCAUGGAAAUGGGGCCAGGGAGGGGUAGUCUGAAAGAGGGUGGGCCGGUUUGGACAGAGUCCCAGGGGUCCAGAUGGAAAAGGCCUGAGUUUCCCCAACCCAAGGGCUCAGCUGCGUUGGGUCUCCUUUGCCCUCGGUUACUGAGAUAUGAACAUUGCUACCACUUGACUGCAGGAGCCCGGUGCAGGGCACUAAAUAAACGGGUUUCUCUUGCUCAUCAGCUCUGCCACAUUUCAAGGGGGAGGGUGAUCAGACAGGAGCUUUGGCUGCCCCCCCCUUUAAUCCUCUUGCCGCGGCACAUAGCCGAUGUUAAUUGCUAGCUGGCUCUGCCACCGUGGCCGGUAAACCCCCCGAGAGGGGUGGCAGAGCGCUGGCAACCACCCGGCCCCUCUGGCUUUGCGCAAGGGAGCGUUAAUAACGCCAGCAGUGAUUAGUGGCUGUGCUAAUUCUGCUCCGGCUGGCCCUUGCGCAUUUAGCUCAUCGGGGUGCCUUUCAGUGGGGCACGGACAACAAGCCCUCUCGUUUUGGCAGCGUGCAGGGGCUUCUGUCCCAGCGUUUCAGCUGGCCACUGCCGGGGUGCCAGUUCAUGCCCAUGUUUGGUGGGUCUCAGCAUCAUCUGGGUAAAUUCAGGAGAGGGGAGAAGUGGGCGAUCUGUGGAUCUGUUAAUUAAAGCUACUCCCUUGGCAUCUCCUUGGGAAGUUACUGGGCACUGUCUUGCCACGGUUGGAGGAGAGAUAAUAGUGGAAGAGGGUAGGACGGGAACUGAUUACGUAAUUUCCCCCGGAAUCUGCAGAAGCGUGCAACAAAAUAUUAGACCCAAGGGGACCAAACGCCGUCUUCGCCACCAAUAUGGCAAGCUGUGCCAGCCACCUGCUUAUAUCCCCUGUAAAUUGGAAAUGGAUGGUGGGCUUUUUCUGAAAACAGACCAAUGAGGUGCUUUGCCGCUGGGCUUUUUAAUUUGCACUGUUUGGAUGAAUUUGCUGCAAUGGUGUGUCCUCGUUAUCCGCCAGGUGGCUGUCAGUGACCUGAACCCAGCAGGCCCCAUCCAAGCCGUGGAGAUCAUAAUCCAGAGCUCACCAAUGGAAAACAUGUCCCAGCUGCACCAUGCUGUGGUCAGGCGCAUUCAGGUACCUGAGAUUUCAGAUACGUGGGAGGGAGAGAGAUGCUGUUUUGGGGUUCUGGCAUCCAUCGGCUUCGGCCAGCAUGGGCUAAGAAUGGUCAGGGAUGGAGGGCCACAGAUUACAUGUUUACUAUUAAUGUUUGAUGUUUUUAAUUACAUCUUGAUAACAUGCUCUGGUUAUCUCCCGCUUGGACUACUGCAAGGCAGUCUUUGUGGGGCUAUCUUUGAAGGUGACUCAGAAACUACAACUAAUCCAAAAUGCGACAGCUAAACUGGUGACCAGGAGUGGCUGCUGGGACCAUAUAACACCGGUCUUAAAGGAUCCUCAUUGGCUCCUAGUAUGUUUCCAAGCACAAUUCAAAGUGUUGGUGCUGACCUUUAAAGCCCUUAACAGCCUCAACCCAGUAUACCCAAAGGAGCGUCUCCAUCCCCAUUGUUCAGCCCAGACACUGAGGUCCAGCUCCAGGAGUCUUCCAAGAGUUUUCUGGUGGUCUUCUCGGUCUUCUCACAGAGGGCCUUCUCGGUGGUGGUGCCCGCCCUGUGGCAUGCCCUCCUGUCAGAUGUCAAGGAAAUGAAGAACUAUCUGACUUUUAGAAAACAUCUGAAGGCGGCCCUCUGUAGGGAAGUUUUUUUGUUUGAUGUUUGACUGUGUUUUUGGGCAAAAAAAAUGAGAGGCACAAAUACAAGAUGGGUGACACCUGACUUGAGAGCAGUACAUGUGAAAAGGGUCUAGGAGUCUUGGUUGACCACAAACUUGACAUGAGUCAACAGUGUGACGCGGCAGCUAAAAAAGCCAAUGCAAUUCUGGGCUGCAUCAAUAGGAGUAUAGCAUCUAGAUCAAGGGAAGUAAUAGUGCCACUGUAUUCUGCUCUGGUCAGACCUCACCUGCAGUACUGUGUCCAGUUCUGGGCACCACAGUUCAAGAAGGACACUGACAAACUGGAACGGGUCCAGAGGAGGGCAACCAAAAUGGUCAAAGGCCUGGAAACGAUGCCUUAUGAGGAACGGCUAAGGGAGCUGGGCAUGUUUAGCCUGGAGAAGAGGAGGUUAAGGGGUGAUAUGAUAGCCAUGUUCAAAUAUAUAAAAGGAUGUCACAUAGAGGAGGGAGAAAGGUUGUUUUCUGCUGCUCCAGAGAAGCGGACACGGAGCAAUGGAUCCAAACUACAAGAAAGAAGAUUCCACCUAAACAUUAGGAAGAACUUCCUGACAGUAAGAGCUGUUCGACAGUGGAAUUUGCUGCCAAGGAGUGUGGUGGAGUCUCCUUCUUUGGAGGUCUUUAAGCAGAGGCUUGACAACCAUAUGUCAGGAGUGCUCUGAUGGUGUUUCCUGCUUGGCAGGGGGUUGGACUCGAUGGCCCUUGUGGUCUCUUCCAACUCUAUGAUUCUAUGAUUCUAAAUACAGUGGUACCUCGGGAUGCGAAUGGGAUCCGUUCCAGAGCCCCGUUUGCAUCCUGAAUGGAAUGUAAGACGCGACUGCGCGGGUCGCAUUUUGCCGCUUCCGCACAUGUGCGUGACGUUAUUUUGAGCGUCUGCGCAUGCACGAGCAGCAAAACCGGGAAGUAACGCGCUCUGUUACUUCCAGGUUGCUGCGGAGCGCAACCUGAAAGCUCUCAACCUGAAGCACAUUCAACCGGAGGUAUGACUGUAUUCUGUUGGGAGCCACCCAGAGUGGAUGGGGCAAUGUUGUCAGAUGGGUAGCAUAUAAAUAAUAUUAUUAUUAUUGUUAUUCCCCACUCUAAAGGGUUUGAGAAACAGGAACCCUGUUCUGCCUCAUUCCAGGCAUCUUUGUGGGUCCUCUGAUUCUCUUAUUCAAAGGCAAGGAACCUGGAUUUCUCCAUUGGUUAAUCUUGCUUUAAUGAGCCCCCCCCUUUUUUUUUAAUGCAGACUCUGAUUCUGGAGCAAGCAGCCGAGGACUCUUCUCCCCCAGAUAUCCGUGUGCAAUACCUCCACCAGAUCCAAGCCAACCACGAGGUAAGACACAUUUCUCUCUCUGCCAGGUGUCCUUAGGUUCCAGGGGCCACAGAAGCAGAUCUUGCUCCACAUAUUUGUGCUUGGGUUGUUGCAGGAAGGCUGGAGAGCGGAGUGGUGGUGGCGGUGGCAGCACGGGAGGUGGGUGGGUGAGACGAAUCACAUGCAAUCCCAGGCCUUUUGCUGCUUGGGUUGAGCUCUGGAAUUUCCUCUGCCCAGAGCAGUUAACCAGGGCUUCUCUUUCGACUCUCGCCCGCAUCAGGCCACACAGAGACACCUAAACGGAGGAAUCCGGGUUGACAGACUAAAUGACAGCAAAUGGAUUUAUGGCUUGGUCUGUAAUUGCUGGGCUGAGACAGGCAGUUGGGCUGAGCCAAUCUGGCAGUGACUGCGUUCCGUUCUAUUUACGCUUUCCCUGACUUGAUUAGCGACCCCCCCUCUCUUUCUUUCUCUCUGUCUCUCUUCCUCCCUGUCCCUCAACCCUCCCCUCAUCCCAGGGCUUCAGGCAGACAUUUAUAAUGCAUUCCAUAUGAUUUCAGGAACUGGAAAUGUUAAAUAUCUUUGGCACUAAGGUUUUCACUCAGGGCUUGUCUCCUCUCUCCUCUCUCUCGUCUCUUCUCUCUCUCUCACACACACACCCAAAUUCAGCAGCAAAGCAAAUUAGAUUCUACAAUCCGAAUGAAUUUUAUGCAAAUACUUCCGUGCUUGCAUAAUUUGGGGUGGUGGCAAGAAAGGGGAUACCUGGGAGGGGGGAGUUGGGGAGGCAUCUGGUUCAUAGUGGGCUAAAUGGGGAGUCGUGGAGAGAGGAGGACUUUUACGUCUAGGGGAGGAAUGAGGGAGCAUGCCACAGGAUGUGGUAGACCGGUUGGACAUCAGCCCGCCUGUUUAAGCCAGCCUUCCAGCUCAGUUGGUUAGGGAAAGAAUACCAAGGUUGCAGGUUGCAGGUUUGAGCCCCAUAUGGGACAACUGCAAUUUCCUGCAUUGAUGAUCCUUCCCACUCUAUGAUUCUAUUACAGUGGUACCUCGGGUUACAGAUGCUUCAGGUUACAGACUCCACCAACCCAGAAAUAGUACCUUGGGUUAAGAACUUUGCUUCAGGAUGAGAACAGAAAUCAUGGGGUUAGCUCAGAUGCAUUAUAAUUUGAAAUACAGUGGUACCUUGGGUUACAUACGCUUCAGGUUACAGACACUUCAGGUUACAGACUGCGUUAACCCAGAAAUAUUACCUCAGGUUAAGAACUUUGCUUCAGGAUAAGAACAGAAAUUGGGCGGCAGCGCCGCCACAGCAGCAGCAGGAGGCCCCAUUAGCUAAAAUGGUGCUUCAGGUUAAGAACAGUUUCAGGUUAAGAACGGACCUCCAGAACGAAUUAAGUUCUUAAUCCGAGAUACCACCGUACUCCUUUGCUGCUGCCUCUCACACCAACUGCGCUCCUCGCCUCUUUCUUUCUUUCUUUUGGAAGGUGCUGCUAAAAGAGGCACAGUCCCUGCGUGACCGCUUGUGCCUGGGGAACGAUCCGGAGGCGACAGUGGAGAAGCUCUUGCACGUCUACCAGCAGCUGCGCAACCCCAGCCUGGUGGUCCUGUGA